AUGGUACACAGUGACAGUAGUACGGCUGUUUUGAACUGUAACUUUGUUUCUCCUUUGUGUCAGAGUCUGACCAUAUCCACUCAUAUUGUGAUGGUUAGCUUGAAAGCACAACAAAGCACAGUAUCAUUAAUGAUACUGUUGGACAACCCCAUUUCAAGAGUCAACACAGCACAUCCAAACAAGAACAAGGACAAAAGCUAUAAUGUACUCAUUUUUGAGGUUCUAGAGUACAGAAAAAUAAAUGAAAACGAUUACUUGAUUACCAGGCAAACGUUGGAAUUGACUUUAUCCUUUGUCAUCAAUAUCUACUACAAUUUACAAGACUUUAUUGUUGCUGCUUUUCUUAACGAAGAACGGAUUGAAACCCCCUAUUAA